AUGAGAAACGUCCGAAAGAAGUUACCACAAUUACUCAUUGCCGUAACGUUAGUUGUCCUAGCGAUUAUAUGGAUAAUUCACUCUGAUUUCCUUGCUCCGGUCGAUCGCCUUCCCGACAAUCAUGGUCUCGAGGCACGAAGAUUGUCCCUAGAGAGAACGCUCGUCCCGAGCCAAGACCCACAUACCAAGCCAAGAAACCCCUCAGAAAGAAAACAAUACAAACAAUCCUUUGCAGGUAAAAUAUGUGCGAAUGCUAUCUUUACUCGAGGAAGCGGCUCGGCGUCUAUUACCGUAAAAUCCGAAAACAAGCCCCGGGGCUUAUAUUUUUCAAAGGCCCUUUUUGAGGAGCUUAUAUUCGGAGGGGCUUAUCUACGGAGGGAAAUCUGGUGCGUUUCAAAAUCGAUUGGGCUAGCCUUAUAGUUGGAAGGAAAAUAACGCUUUUUGGCUUUGUUUGACUUUGUAUUUGAGGGCAAUUUUCCAAGUACAAGCCCCCGGGGAGCUUAUAUUUGGAGGGGCUAUUUAACGGAGAGUUUUUUGCGUUACCGGUUUGGGGGGCUUGUAUUUGGAGGUACUUAUUUUCGGAAUUUUAAGGUAUAUUAAAUGGGCAGAUUUAGCAAGGAAAACUUGACGAAGCUGAAGACGCUGCUUGCAGGUCUUAAAACCGGCUUCACCAACGACAGAGCGCGAAAAUGAGCACCAUAAGUGACGUUCAGUUCUCUUCAUGUGAUUUCGCGUUCUUGCUAUUUUCCCGUUGCGUUUUCUUAGUAGCUAGAUCUGCCAUACUCCGAGAGGGAAGCAUUUUGUUGAAUGAGUACGGUGGUGGAAAAUAGCCUGAAAGCAUCUUCUUUUUUCUUACAAAGACUCUGAAUGAAGACAUCAAUUCUUCUUAAUUCUAACCAGAGUGUCAGCUAAAAGUGAGUGAUGAUAUUUUAAAGAAUGAACUAUUUUACUGGGAAUUUCAACUGCAAAUGAAUUUUCAAACUCGGAGCUCAUAGACUGAUAAUUUCCUCGCUUCCUUUAAUAUAUUUUUCCUUUUCGAUCCCUUUUAAGAAGGAGCUGGUUGACCCAAUGAUCUGACUUCCCACUUCCAUUCUAUCAAAAAUGGUCAGCAGAAGACAAAUAAACAAGGGAUUCUCUCUUUGUAGCAACAACAUUUGUUUUAACAUCUGAGGAAAGAUGCCGAAAGAACGAAAAACAAAUAUUUAUUGCGCCAUUUUAUAUUUCAGCUCCGACCACAGCGUCAAUGACCAGAAUGAAAUCUCCUCAGAGGCGAUCACUCUGUCCAGCGGUUGAGGUAAUGAACAGCUCCAAAGUGACCAAGUUGGGAAAAUAUCCUCAAGAUAAACGUAAGUAACUACAAUUAUUAUACAUUGUACUCACUAACUGUCUUCUCUUUGGCUAAGAGCCAACAGCUAAUUUUGGAAAUCAGCGCAACAUUAUAGAUUAGUUAGUUAUCUGCUAGCAGACUGACUGACUGUGUGGGUUGCGCGCGCAAUGCAUAUAACAAUAUCAGUUCAGGUUCCUUGCGAGCGUGAAUAGAUUCGGUUCUUGUGAUAUCCUAAAUAAUCAAGGAGUCGGUAAGUGUUGUUAGCCUCGGCCUUUGGCUUAGCUGAUAACACUUGCCUCGACCUUGAUUAUUCCGGUAUCACAAACCUCAACCUCAUCCAAUAAUUGUUUAAAAUCACCUAAAAUUUACCAGCUUUAUGGUAGCAUUUCUGUGUCUUUUUAAAAAGGCGGGAAAUCACGAAGUCAAAUCAGCUUGCACGCAACAUAUUUUUGGUAAAAAAAAAAAAAAAAAANUGAUCUUGUAGGCAGGUACGCUUCUUCUAACUCUUUUCUCCGUGAAAGUAAAUUUGGUUGAUUAGUUAGGGUAGUCCGCAUGGUAGUCCGCGGACUAGUCCGUAGAGUAGUCCGCGGAGUAGUCCGUAGAGUAGUCCGCGGAGUGGGGUCAGUGGGUAGUCCGCGGAGUGGGGGUCAGUUUUUUCAACUCUCCCCCUUGGGAGCGUGAAUAGAUUCGGUUCUUGUGAUAUCCUAAAUAAUCAAGGAGUCGGUAAGUGUUGUUAGCCUCGGCCUUUGGCUUAGCUGAUAACACUUGCCUCGACCUUGAUUAUUCCGGUAUCACAAACCUCAACCUCAUCCAAUAAUUGUUUAAAAUCACCUAAAAUUUACCAGCUUUAUGGUAGCAUUUCUGUGUCUUUUUAAAAAGGCGGCAAAUCACGAAGUCAAAUAAGCUUGCACGCAACAUAUUUUUGGUAAAAAAAAAAAAAAAAAACACGAACAAAUUUACUCCGAACGGGGGUUAAAAAGAUGACCAGUUCAGAGCUUUUACACUUUCGGAAAUGUGACUCAACAGCAUGGCGGGUUAGAAAUAAUGUAUCAUCGAGCGGAUUCGAAUUGGCGUGGGAAUCUGUUGUGUUUCGCGCUUUUCCAGCAGUCUUUGCUCGCCUUUUUGUAACACAACAACGAAGAACAAACGGCUGGAAGGCUUGUGAAAAAUGUGAUGAAAAAUGGAUUUGAAAUGUUAGAGAAAGUGAGAAUUUUCUUCUCAUGUACGUGUCAAUUUUCGGUCAAUUUUGCGUGUUAUUAUCAUCUUCACUUUGGAAUAUCUCUCGUGAAAAAUUUUUUCAGGCCUUCAAAAACCCCUCUGGACAUUCUCGAGAUACAGUAAAACCUGUAUUAAGCGGACACCGUAUUAAGCGGACACCCUCUAUUAAGCGGACAAUAGUCGAAGUCCCCAAAUUUAUUUCCCUUAUUUACUUUAAAUGAAACCUUUAUUAAGCGGACACCUCUAUUAAGCAGACGUGGACACCUAAAAAGUACCUAAAAUGGUCAUUUUUAUUGUUGCCAACCUGUAUUAAACGGACACUUGUAAUUUAAUUCCACCACCCAACAUACCAGACACCGGAAAUCAGAAAGAUUGCGUCGAAUUGCAACCCACCAAUUUUUUCGAUUUUUACAUUAAAAAACGUGAUUUGACGAACUUAUUUGAUUAGUUUCCUAGUUCAGUAUUGUUUUCUAUUUCGUUUUGUUUGUAUAGAGCUUUUUUCACUCAUCUGAUUUCUUCAAAUUUGAGUUGCAAUCUAUGUUUAACGUACUAUGUUCAAUUGGUCCACUUCGAUGAAGAAAUUCAUGCAAACGUAUAUCGUCAUAGUCUCUGGGAGUAUUCUAAACGUUUCCACUGUUCAUUUGAAUGGCAUUUGACACCUCAUAUGACGUUAUCUAUCAGUAUUGAAACCUGUAUUAGGCGGACACCCUGUAUUAAGCGGACACUACAGCAUUCCCCAAGAGAUAUUGAGAUAUUCUAGCUUUUCCAUGUGAACUGUGGAGAAGGGUCGCUAUUCUGGUAGACGGGCCGCCGGAUUUUGUUUGCGAAGCAAUUGUCUGUAGCAAAAUGCAUGAACGCCUGUGGAGCAGGAGUUUUAACCUUUCUUAGACGUUUUUAUAAUGUAAAGGGUUAUAGCUUUUUACUGCGACUAAAUAACCUUUAAAUGAAGAUUUCUAUUUUCUUUAGAUUUUUUAUUUUCUUUAGAUUUCCGGGCCCAGCAUAAAUCGGCUUCGCCGCAACUGAAAUCGUAGGUAAUAAAGUUAUUGUCCUCUUCCUGCAAACUAUUUAUCCCGAAGAAUAAAACAUAUGAUUAGACUGUUGUUUUCACAAAUUCGCUUUCCUUAACUGAACCAGGAUAUUUUUCCUGGCUACCGAGGCCACUGUGAAAUAACUCCUCAUGUACAGUACAGAAAGAAGCUCUCAAGAUCGGCCCGCUCUAUCGCUAUUUAGUCUAUACACACGACACGUUUAUCUUUUCCUGUAAAUGGUUCAUCCUAACGAGAUUCAUAUUAACUUCUUUUCCGCUCUGAUUUUUUCAUGGCGUAUGCUGCGCUUCAGUUCUCUUGACUCGUGACUGCCAAUACAUAACUUCAUGAAAACAAACACUGCAUCACGGCUCCAAAUAUGCACCGUGAUUGGGUAAUUGUUUGCACGACAAGCUUAGGCUGGUUCAGGAAUUUGGGUCCCCACUGCUUGAAGGUGUUAUAAGCCGGAUUAAUCCCGACACGUUUUAGCGGCAAAUUUUCCUCAUUAAGGUAUACUAGUUUCCUUGAACGCCUUGGCCGAGUUGUUCGAAGGCCGAUUAGCGCUUAACCCGGGGUUAAAAUUAACCCGGGUUUCUUUAUCUUGUGUUCAAAAGCAUUUUCUCGGAUAAUUUUCUGUGCUGUUUUUAGAGCUUCCAAUCAUCAACUUGUAGACAAAAAGAAUUAAAGCUGAAAUGCUUUUUAAGCUUUCAGAUCUUAAUUCAAAUCUCGGACUAACCCUGGGUUAUCCUAACUCAGCUUUGAACAACUCGGCCCAGAUGUGUAAUACAAUAAAACAAUGGGACAGGGCUACUCUUUCUUUGCUGUUACAUUUUUCGAGGCUAGCGGUUUCGUGCCCGCUUGGUUAAAAAAUAUGGAUCACCGGAAUUUUCAGUUUUAAAACGCAUUUAUCUUAGUUGCCAUUGUAUUGUUAAAGGAUUACAUAAAUAAAUUUGUUAGAGAGAAAUAAAUACUUCAAACAUUUAAUCGUUAGACAUAGGAAAAUAAAUGCGCUAGUGUUGUUGUUAGACACAGGCAAAUUAAUGCCCCAAUGUAUUUGUUAGACAAAGGCAAAUUAAUGCCCCAGUGUAUUUUGUUAAAAACAGGCAAAUUAAUGCCCCAGUGUAUCUUGUUAGACACAGGCAAAUUAAUGCCCCAGUGUAUUUGUUAGACACAGGCAAAUUAAUGCCCCAGUGUAUUUGUUAAACACAGGCAAAUUAAUGUCCCAGUGUAUCUUGUUAGACACAGGCAAAUUAAUGCCCCAGUGUAUUUUGUUAGACACAGGCAAAUUAAUGCCCCAGUGUAUUUGUAAGACACAGGCAAAUUAAUGCCCUAGUGUAUUUUAAACACAGGCAAAUUAAUGCCCCGUUGUACUUUGUUAAACUCAGGCAAAUUAAUGCCCCAGUGUAUUUGUAAGACACAGGCAAAUUAAUGCCCUAGUGUAUUUUGUUAAACACAGGCAAAUUAAUGCCCCAGUGUAUUUGUUAGACACAGGCAAAUUAAUGCCCCAGUGUAUUUGUUAAACACAGGCAAAUUAAUGUCCCAGUGUAUCUUGUUAGACACAGGCAAAUUAAUGCCCCAGUGUAUUUUGUUAGACACAGGCAAAUUAAUGCCCCAGUGUAUUUGUUAGACACAGGCAAAUUAAUGCCCCAGUGUAUUUUAUUAGACACAGGCAAAUUAAUGCCCCAGUGUAUUUGUUAGACACAGGCAAAUUAAUGCCCCAGUGUAUUUGUUAAACACAGGCAAAUUAAUGUCCCAGUGUAUCUUGUUAGACACAGGCAAAUUAAUGCCCCAGUGUAUUUUGUUAGACACAGGCAAAUUAAUGCCCCAGUGUAUUUUGUUAAACACAGGCAAAUUAAUACCCCAGUGUAUUUUGUUAAACACAGGCAAAUUAAUGCCCCAGUGUAUUUUGUUAGACACAGACAAAUUAAUGCCCCAGUGUAUUUGUAAGACACAGGCAAAUUAAUGCCCCAGUGUAUUUGUUAAACAUAGGCAAACUACGGUAUUUGUUAGACAAAGGCAAAUUAACAGCCCAGUGUAUUUGCUGUAUUUGUUAAACACAGGUAAACUGAUUAAUGCCCCAGUGUAUUUGAUAGACCCGGGCAAAUAAGGAUCAAUUCUUCGCUUGAAAUAUCACUCAGCAUGCCUAUAUAUUUAAUGCUCAAGUUUAGAGAUAUUUCCUGAGGAAAGAUCCAGAUGUUUUAUAGGCCGGCAUAUAUUUACAUGUAUCGGGUCUAUAUAACAUUUCUACGACUAAAAUGAUUGUCCUGUUCGAAGCCUCUCGGCCUUAUUGAUAUUAACGCCAUAAUUUUUAGCAGUUUCAUUAGCCACUGAGCUGGUCCUCAUAACCACUUCUGAGCUUCAGCAAACAUUAAGAUCAAGCUCGAUUAGCAUCUUUAUAGCGUCACGUCUUCGACAUAACAGUCCGCUCGCAUUUAUAGCUAAAACGUUUUCUUUAUGUAAAGAUUUGUAAUUACUCACCUUGCGGCCCUGAUAGUAAUUAUUUACCUGUUUCAGUGAAGAUCACAAGAUAGCCAGCUUGUGCACAAGCGAAAAUUAAACGAGAAAAAAAUUCGUCUUGAAUGCCAUGGCAUUUGAGCGCGCAGUAGAGCGAGAUUACUUCAUUUUUCCCGCUAAUAUUUCCGAAUAUGGUAUUGCUGUAAUAAAUUAACCCCAAUAAGUAACGCAGCAUCUUGCUUGUGUUCUUUGUUCUGUUGGUUUUUAUAAAGUCACCGUCAACAGAUCCAAAUGUUCUCUGAUUCUGUUUUAACUGUUCCAAACGAAGAAUAUUUUUAGAGAGAAUUUUUUAAAAUUGGAAAUAGCAGACGCAACAUCAAAUUGUUUGUGACCGGAUAUGUAAUCAACUAUCUUACCGCAGUUUGUCAUAUGCCUAACCUCAAGGGAGGCAAAUGGCCGCAGGAUUUUAACGCUUGGGAAAAUGCCUGCGGUAAAUUCCUGAACCGGCCUAAGCCGCUCAUGUUGGUGGCCAAUCAAAUCACUUCCAAACGUGGAAAAGCUCUGGACUGAUGAAAAAGUGCCGUUAUUUUACUACUCGGAAAGGGCGAAGCGUCGAUGUAUUUAUCUAGCGCUCUUCAUCGACCCUGAGGGGGAUGUUUUAGUAUUUACCAGAUCAGUUGGAUAAAAAUGAAAAAAGUAACUUCUUGUAAAUUAAAAAUGUCACUUAGUAGGAAGAUUUCGGGGAUUUUGUCAAGUGCAUUUUUACGAAUUUGUUGCAAAUUGAACGUGAAAAUAACUUUCUACCCACCAGUAAACACCGACAAGCCACUGAAGUUCGUCGCUUUUUUGGUAUUUGUUUGAACGACUGCUUCAUUUAUCGCUCAAAUUUCGUCUUCCGAAAAUUUCUUGAAACGAGAUGCCAUCUCGUGAAUAGGAUAUUCAGAGUCACUGGAGCCAAUCAAAACGCGCAGAAAUUGCUAUUCACUGAUUUGGUAAAUACUAAAAGGUGUUACCCCACAGGAAUGGGAUCCUGACCCCAGAUCAUUAUUCCAGCAAAAGAGCAGGAGAAAAAACGAAGUACAAAUUGUAUUUAAGGUAUACGUAAUUGUAAACAAAAACUAACCGCAGACUGUGUGCUUCUUUGAUAGGAUUUCUGUCCAUUGGUAUCGCGUCCGUUGCAAGACCAUCGGGAGCCAACUAUUUGCUACAAACUAUUCAAAGUUUGAUCGACAACACAAACGAUGUGGACAAGAAAGACAUUUCUAUUGUUGUAUUUCUGGCAGACAUUAAUGAAUCGCCGAAAUCAACGGCAAAGGGCGAGCUUACUCAAAACUUCCGCAAAUACAUUGAUGAGGGUCUUUUGACAGUGAUCGAAGCAUAUCCAGAAUUUUACCCACCACUAAAUAACAUAAAAGAAAAGUAUGGCGACUCGGAUAGCAGGAGAACAUGGCGAUCAAAGGAAAACUUAGAUGCAACUUUCGUCAUGUGUUACUGCAAGGAUCUAUCACAGUAUUACAUUCACCUUGAGGACGACGUCAUCUCUUCUCCUAGCUUUUUCCCUAAACUACAGGGUUUCAUUAAGACUCAAAGUGUAAAGUCUUGGUUGAUGCUUGAUUUGACUAUCCAGGGAAGCAAAGCAAAAGCGUAUCAGUCGAACGACCUGGCAAACAUCGCUUCAUACUUUUAUCUCAUGUUUGAUGAAAUGCCCAUUGAUUGGUUGAUGGAUUACUGGCGAAAAAUCAAAGACGAGAAACAAGGUUCGCGUCGAUUGCCUCCGGCGUCGCUUUUUCAACACAUCGGAGAUCAGUCCUCUCUUAAAGAAAAAGGAUUAUCAGGAAGGGAGCAGAGGGAACCAUUUUUUGACCAGUAUGACCAAAAGUACAGGGGACGCAACCCUCCUGCCAUCGUCACUUCGUCAAUGUCCUCUAACAAAGGAAAACCACGAGAUGCUUAUGAGAAGGGUAGCGGCUAUUUUUGGGCGAGUCAUCAAAGAAAAGGUAACUACGUCCUUAUAAAAUUUAACGCACCAAUUGCUGUAAGAAAGGUGUUUGUUGACACGGGCAGUUAUGAAGCGAGUAACAGUUUGCUACACCAUGGUGUUCUACAAGCCAGUUUCGCGUCUACCAAGGGUGAAGCCAAUACAUGUCAACGUUUUAAGACUUUGACAGAAUUCAGGGAAGGAAAAGCAGAUAUAUCUCUUAAUCAGUCCAGCGAUAGAGUCAAAUGCCUAAAAAUCUUAGUCACGGAAGACUACAGUGAAGAUAUCUACCUUCGUGAAAUUGACGUGUGGUGGGACCCUUAA